UGGAUGCAAGAAUUUUACAACCAGACCUACCACAAGAGGAACAAUAUCAACAUAGACAAAGGCUUGCUCAUGUUCUUUUGGGGGCUCACUGUUACGUUCUUCCCGAUCGGAGGCCUGAUUGGGACCCUUCUGGCUCGGCCCUUGGCAGAUCAUUGCGGCAGAAAAAACAUCUUGCUGGUAAAUAACUUUUUUUCCGUCACUGCUGCUGUCCUCUCCUGCUGCUGUAAAGCGGUGCAUUGCUAUGAACUGGUCAUCUUUUCACGCUUGGUUAUUGGAAUAUGUGCAGGCAUAGCCUGCAGUGUUGUCCCCAUGUAUCUUGGAGAGGUGUCCCCUCACAACCUGAGAGGAGCUGUAAUCGUGGUGGCUCAUUUCUUCAUCGCCUUUGGAGUCUUGGUGGCUCAGGCUCUCGGCCUCCAUGUCGUCCUUGGAACCAGGAAAGGUUGGCCAGUGCUGUUAUUCCUCACCAGCAUCCCGGCUUUAUUUCAGAUCCUUUUGCUGCCCCAGUUCCCUGAGAGUCCCAGGUAUCUAUUAAUGCAGAAGGGGGAUGAAGAGAAUGCAAGGAAAGCCCUGCAGAUGGUGAGACAGAGGGAAGAUGUAGAAGAGGAGAUGGAAGAGAUGAGAAUGGAAGACAACAUGGAGCAGACAGAAAAACGCAUGUCCAUGUGCAGUCUUGUGCUGUGUCAAAGCCAGCAGUGGCAACUCCUUUCUGUCAUCGUCAUGAUGCUCGGCCAGCAGCUCUCUAGUCUCAACACAAUACGCUAUUAUGCAGAGGUAAUCUACCUGUCUACGGGGGUACAAGAGGACAACGUAAGGUACAUCACUGUGACGAUAAGCGCAAUGGUCAUCUUCAUCACUACAAUAACGAUUUUUGUUAUCGAUUCUUCGGGGCGAAGGGUGCUGCUUCUCACUGGCUUUGGGAUCUGUAGUGUCUGCUGCAUUCUGCUAGCCAUGGCCCUUGAACUUCAGAGUACAAUUGCUUGGAUGUCCUACUUCAGCACCGCUUUCCUCAUUAUCUAUGUGAUCGGACACUCCAUCGGGCCCAGUCCUGUUCCCAGCGUGAUGAUCACAGAGAUGUUCCUGCAGUCAUCCCGAGCCUCUGCUUUCAUGGCCGGAGAAAUUGUGCAUUGGGUCUCUCUCUUCCUUACGGACAUGCUGUUUCUUCAUAUUAAGAUUGGCGCUGAGUCCUACAGCUUCCUUGUCUUCUUCCUCAUCUGCAUGUCCACGUACGCUUAUAUCUUCAAGAUGGUCCCAGAAACCAAGAAAAAGACCUUUGUGGAGAUCAGAAAGAUUGUAAAAGAUCACAUCGAUGGGUGUCUGCGGAAAUAGCGAUUCAGGAGGAAUUCUCUGCCUCUUUCAAGAUGGGGAACAGGAAAUGGAAGAUGCCAAGAGAAUCAGGAAUGGGAUCCUCCAGCUCUUUUGACUCCAUCUCAGUGGUAGCAGUUUCUCUUCUGCUCCCGGUUGUCUUUUCAUACGUAGGUGUUCGUGCUCACCUGCUGUGAAAGAAGGGGCUCUCAAGAAAGCCAGUGAGAUUCGUGUCUUGCUAGCCUUCAGCUCUCAGAAGCACCCUUUGUGACUACUAGU